GCGAGCCUGAGACCCCCGCUCUCCCGGAGCGCGGGCAGGGGCUCUGAAUCCCUAGGACCCUCGCACAUGGAUGCACACGUCGCUUUCUCGGGUUUCCCAGCCCUGCCCUCGGUCUCGCCGUCGGGGCCGCAGCCGUCGCCGCUAGCAGGAGCCGAGCCGGGACGCGAGCCCGAGGAGGUGGCCAGCAGCCGGGACGCGGAGCCCACGGCCGCGCCGGGCCCGGGGAGGAGGCGCCGGCGGCCGCUGCAGCGUGGGAAGCCGCCCUACUCGUACAUCGCGCUCAUCGCCAUGGCCCUGGCGCACGCUCCGGGCCGCCGCCUCACGUUGGCCGCCAUCUACCGCUUCAUCACCGAGCGCUUCGCCUUCUACCGCGACAGCCCGCGCAAGUGGCAGAACAGCAUCCGCCACAACCUCACCCUCAACGACUGCUUCGUCAAAGUGCCGCGCGAGCCGGGCAACCCGGGCAAAGGCAACUACUGGACGCUCGACCCGGCGGCCGCCGACAUGUUCGACAACGGCAGCUUCCUGCGGCGCCGCAAGCGCUUCAAGCGCGCAGAGCUGCCCGCGCCGCCUCCGCCGCCCUUCCCCUACGCGCCCUUCCCGCCCGCGCCCGCGCCCGCGCCGCCCGCGCGCAUCUUCCGCCUGGACAGCCUGCUGGGCCUGCAGCCGGAGGCACCGGGGCCCGUGGCUUCCGAGCCGCCCUGCUGCGCCGCGCCCGACGCCCCCUACCCGCCCUGCGCCGCCGCCGCCUCGCCGCCGCUCUACUCGGCCGCGCCCGAGCGCCUGGGGCUGCCCGCGCCGCUGCCCGCCGAGCCUCUCCUGGCCUUGGCGGGACCGGCCGGAGCGCUCGGGCCGCUCAGCCCCGGGGAGGCUUACCUGAGACAGCCGGGCUUCGCGCCCGGCCUGGAGCGCUACCUGUAGCCAUCUCCGCUGAGACAGCACCUG